AUGCAAGCAGUCAGCACAACCGAUCUUGAUGAUGAAUUUGUUGAAGAAACAGCCGAAUCCGUAAGGAAGAUAUACAAAAAACUCGAACCCAAAUAUAUAGGUCACCUGAAAAUGAACGGUUUAUCCUUUGCAAAGUUUCUUACUGAUUGUGUGGAAAAGAUGAACGACCCAGAAAACAAUGCUCAUCUAUCUAUUCCGAAUGAGUAUGAAACUGUCAUCCAAUACGUAGCACAAAAUAUGCGAGACAAGUGUCUUGGACUAUAUCGAAAAGCUUUGGAGAAGUUGGCAGAGUCUAUACCGAUGCCUUGGAAUGAGUUUACCGCAAUACAUCAGACAAUUUUUGAAGCCGUUACGAAAGAAUAUGUAGGGAACCUAAUUGGGACUUUAAAGCAAAUUGACGGGUUUAAGGAGAGCUUCCAACGCGAUAUGGAAGAAGCUAAGAAGCCAUAUCAAGAUAGAAAUUCAAAAGAGCU